CAUUUUGUGGUUCUCCAAAGGGUCGAUUUUUGAUAAGACAGAUUUAAAAUAAUUUUAAUAUUUGUUUCUUAUAAGAAUGUCAUCUGUGAAUUUAAGAACUGUGUAUGCAUUUGCAAGAGAAAUGCAUUCAAAAAAUGCAAAUAUAGGUCCCAUUCAGUAUGGCACGGCUGGAUUUCGAACAUUACAUGAUAGGCUGGAAUAUGUGAUGUAUAGAAUGGGAUUACUUGCGACCCUUCGAUCUCGAUCGUUUUCUGGAAGUGCAAUUGGUGUAAUGAUUACAGCAAGUCACAAUCCAGAAUCAGACAACGGCGUUAAGUUAAUUGACCCGAUGGGAGAAAUGUUGGAAAAAUCGUGGGAGGACAUUGCGACUGAUUUAGUGAAUGUAUCGGAUGAUGAUCUCGAAGCUGAGGUGACAAAAAUAGUAAAGUGUCAAGAAAUUGAUAUGAAUGCAAACGCAAAUGUUUAUAUUGGUUGGGAUACACGUUACCAUAGUCCGGUACUAAGUAGAGCCGUCAUGAAUGGGGUCAUUGCCUUGAAAGGGAACAUGAAGGAGUACGGCAUCGUUACCACGCCCAUGUUACACUAUUUUGUAUAUUCGCAUAAUGUCAAAGGAGCUUAUGGUGUACCUACAGAAGCCGGGUAUAUUAAUAAACUUGUCACUGCCUUUAAGCAACUUCGUGGUGAUAAUUAUGAAAAUGGCAAUUAUAAAAAUCAUCUUCUCUUUGAUGGUGCAAAUGGUGUAGGAAGUUUAAAAAUGCUUGCAUUUAAUAGAAAACUUGAAGGAGCAUUACAAUGUGUAGUUUGCAAUAGCAAUGGAAAGAUCAAUUAUGAAUGUGGAGCAGAUUUUGUUAAAACUAAUCAGAAACCACCAACUGGUCUUCCCAUAGCACCAGCAAACACUCGGUGCGUGUCUGUUGACGGUGAUGCUGAUCGAGUGGUUUAUUUCUUCAUUGAUGAAGAUGGAAAGUUCCAUUUAUUGGAUGGUGAUAGAAUAGCUACACUCAUUGCUAGUUAUCUGAUGAAAUUGGUAAGUGAAUGUGGCGUUAAGUUGAAUUUGGGUAUCGUUCAAACAGCAUAUGCGAAUGGAGCUUCCACAGACUACAUAAAGAAUGAGUUAAAUGUAAAUGUCGCUUGCACACCAACUGGAGUCAAACAUUUACAUCAUAAAGCAAUUGAAUAUGACAUUGGAGUCUAUUUUGAAGCAAAUGGACAUGGAACAGUUGUCUUUAAUCAACAGACGAAAGAUUUAAUUUCGAAAACUUUGAACAGCGAUGAUUCCACAGAUGAUCAAAAACAAGCUUCUAAUGAUUUGAUCUUAGCCAUUGAUAUAAUCAACGAAACUGUUGGCGAUGCAAUCUCUGAUAUGUUGUUAGUGGAAACAAUUUUACAUUCAAAAGGUUGGGAUUUGAAAGAUUGGCUUGCCACUUAUGAUGAUCUUCCAAACCUUCAGCAAAAAGUGAAAGUUAAGGAUCGUAAUGUUUUUGAAACAACUGAUGCAAAGCGAGUUUGCGUAAAACCUGAAGGUAUGCAAGAUCAAAUAAACAUGCUAGUGAAGAAAUAUAAGCGUGGACGAGCAUUUGUUAGACCUUCAGGGACUGAAGAUGUUGUUCGUGUCUAUGCUGAAGCUGCUGAUGCUGAAGACGUUAAAUGUCUAGCUGCUGAAAUUUCGAUGCUUGUCUAUGAUAUGGCAAAUGGAGUUGGUGAGAGGCCGGUCAUACCUCAGCAAAAAUUAUAAAUUAAGUUUCGCCAAGUCUUUUCUACGCUAACAGGGAAAUGAGAUAUCUUUUCACUGCCAAUUUAUUCUUUUCUUUUUUUUAGCAUCGAAUAGAAUUUUUCUUUCAUGAUGUGUCAGUGAAAAUCUGACGAUUCACUUUUGAUGAAUCAUAUCAAAAAAGAAAGAAAAAAAAUGUGCAACUAACCCUCAUACUAAUCUUUUUUUGUUUUGUAAGUAGAAAAGACAUUUUAUUUUUUUAUAAAAUUGAGAUUAUCUAAACAACUAAAGUUACUAAUAUUAUCAACGUACAUAUAUCAUUGAUGAUGAUAAAAAUUUGUUUUAUAGCUUUUAAUGAAAUAAUGAAAGUAGUUGUGACUCGCUUACAAACCUAACUUCUUUUUUAUUAUGUUUAGCUAGGCGAAAGUUAUUAAGCAAACAGAUUGAAAGUAUUUAUUGCAAGUGAAUUGAGGAAGGCGAGCAAAUAUUAAUGAUAUCUAUUUUUAGAACGUAACGCUUUUUGCAAAUUAAUGAAACUAAAUGUUUGAAAAUCAAAGCUAAGUAAAGUAAAUAUUUAAUGUAUUUGAUUGUUUAAAAAUCUUUAUUUGAUAAUACUUAUGAGUGAUACUCAUACAUAAGUAGAUUAAUGUAUAUGUUGCUUUGUCGUUAGCUUCUAACAAUUGGAAAAGUCUAAUCUGACGUUUUAUUUUCCUUCAAACGUAAAUUUCUAAUAUGUAGCUUACGUUAACACGCUUGCGUAACUUCAACGUACACUUAACAUUAUGAGCUGAGCAUAAAUUAAUGUUAGUGAUCAAACUUUAUAUAAAUUUCAAUUAUAACGACAAAACAUUAUAUUACAUUUUCUUUUUUUAAUUUUUAUCAAACUUUUAACACGGACAAUUCAAAACGCAUUCAAAAUUUUAUGAAAUUAGAUUUGAUAAAUUCUUGAGGAUCCUUCAAAGUCAGAUCUGAUUUUUGAGCUCAAAAUUGAAAUAUUUGUACCUAACUUCUUUAAAUCUCACUCAAAAACAUAAUAAAAAUAAAAAGAAACAAACAAGGAAAGAUAAGAAUGCAAUAUGUUAAAUUUGGAUUAAGAAUGGAAACUGUUCAUACAUUGAAUAAAUAGAAGAAAUAAAAAAGUUUCAUUAAAAUUU